CACGCUGUUGUUGUAAAGCCGGUUGUGAAGGGGUCCGUUCUGUGAGUGGCAGUAGCGGUGGCCGUGGGGCUGGUCCAAGUCUGGCUUUAGUCUCUGCUUCUCAGCCUGCGCUCAUGGCGCUUAGUUUCAGGAGAGGCCGGAAGGGCCCCUUUAAACAUAUAUCUCAUGGCCUGGUCCCUGCUGCUACCAUAGCUCCUAAACCUGCAGUUCCCCGCACCCCUCCCCCUCGUAGUCCAAACCCUCCUCCAGAAAGGCCCAGAUCUGCCCUAGCAGCAGCUAUUCUAGUGACAACUUUAACUGGGCGUACCAUUGCUAUUCCCCAGCCUCGUCAACGAUCACUUUCUGAAAGUGAUACCAGCUGUUUGGAACAAGAGUGUUUUAUUGAGCCCUAUGCCACAGUCACUGAGCUCAAACUGGGGCCCAAUUGGAAGCAUGAUGAUAGUGAAAGAUCUCCUGUGCAAUCGCUGGAAGUGUCAGACAGUCAUUGUGAAGAUGAAGACAUGGACACAUAUCUUUCAGAGACAGAAAAAGAGCCAGAGCACAACUAUCAGAGUACAGCGAAAAGAGAGGAAAACUUCAGCAAUGAUGCUAUUUAUGCUGUUCCCUACAAAAAUCAAAAGGGACAGCUUCCAGUAUCUCCUAGUGUUGAUGUUGAUGAGAAUGAAAUUUCUUCCCAUGAAGCUACGUUUCCGAUUUUAGUAGACCAGUCAAAUAUACAAGUGGAAGAAGAUGAACCUCCUGUUUUGAAUGUAAAGGAGCAAAAACUGGCAGUUGAAAAUCCACUAAGCGAAAAGCCUCCACCAUCCCCAGAUGUAUUUGUUCGGGCAAGACAAGGACGGAUGGAUACACCUAAAGAGAAGUUCCAAGAAUUAAAACAAGAAAAUUGGUGUCUAAUCAAUGCAAAUCAGACUAUAGCCCUACAACUUGAGGAACUAAAACAACAAAUAAAGGAACUACAGUUAAAACUUAAGACACUGGAAAAAGAAAAUAAAAAACUUAGAAAAGGUGUAGAGAGUUCACAUAAGGAAGAGGAAGUUGCAGAAUUGCUUUCAUUGAGACAACAAGCCCAGGAACUAGUAGAUGAAAAUGAUGGUUUGAAAAUGACUGUCCAUCGUUUGAAUGUGGAAUUGAGUCGCUAUCAAACCAAAUUCAGACCGUUGUCCCAAGAUGAGAAUAUAAAAAUUGGAGGUUUGCCAACGAAAGGGCCACUACCUCCCUGGCUGCUGGAUAUGAAAUAUUUGUCACCUCUCCUACUGGCAUAUGAAGACAGAAUGCGAGAAAAGGAAGAUUUAAAUCUUGCACAUGAGGAGGACAUGAGGAAGUUUAGGAUACAAGUUGAAGAACUGGUGAAGGAGAAUGAACAACUGCACCAGCAAUUAAAUAAAAAUAGUUCUGUUACCCUGAAGGAAUGGCAACAGCUGCAAACUCAGGCAAAGCUGGUCUUGGAAGAAAAUGGAGUGUUGAUGGAGCAACUUGAAAUUCAGCAGGCUAAAGCAAAGGAAAGUUACAACCAACAUCUUCAGGAAGUUUCAAAAUUGACCAAACAGCUAAUGGUUUUGGAAGCUAAGAAACAGAGCCAGGAAGAGGAGAUAUCAGAGAAUCAGAAGCAGCUGAAGUCUUUAUGCUCCACAUGUGAAGAACUGAAAGCCAAUCUUAAUGACAGAGUAACAGCAAAGGAGCAUGUUGCUUUGGUAAAUGCAUUAAGAAGUCAGUUGCAACAGGAACAGGAAAAGCAAAGUGCUGAGCUGGAAGAUCUAAUGGAAAGACUAGCAUCAUUGCAAGCACAGAAAAAGAGCCUACUCUUAGAGAAAAAUGACCUAGUUGCUGACAACAAGAUCCUGGAAGAAGAGCUGAAAAUGGCACAAAAGACAAAUAGGAGAUCACAGAAGAAAAUAGGUCUUCUGAAACAGCAGUUGGGAGAAGCAAUGGAAAAGGAAGUGGCAGCUCAUCAGUAUUUAGCAAAUCUUAUUAGCUUGGCAGAGAAUAUAAGUCAGGAACGUGACCAUCUUAUACAUUUGGCCAAAUGCUUGGAAAGUGAGAAGCAUGGAGUUCUGAACAAAAUAAUAGAAGGGAAUGUACGCUUAGGAAGAUUAGAAGAGAAGGUUAGGGUAUACAAAAAGAAAGCUGCUGGGAAGCUUGGAGACAUCAAUCUCAAAAUGACUGAGCAAGAGGAGGAAUUUGCUGGGAAGGCUUCUCAGUACCAGCGUGAAAUGAAGCACCUCCAGCGGCUGCUGCAAGACAAGCAAGAAACCCUUGAUGAACUGCUGCAGCAGAAAAGAGAAGUGGAAGGUGAACUUGAAAUAGUUUGGGAAUCUACCUCCAAAGAGAACAGGAAAAUGAAAGAACUCUUGCAUAAAUCUCUGGAGAAGAAUAACAUGUGGAGCACUGUCAGAGUUUAUGAAUCAUAUUUAGAUGAAAUCUCUCAGAAGGACUUUAUUUCUGGAUAUGGUUUUAGCUACUGUGAUGUGAAACCAUCAUCACCCACAAAAAAUCAAAGUAAACAGGAACCUCUGUGUUAAGGACAAAGGUGCCUCUACGUCUCACACAAGAAAAGAUGAUCCCAAAGAAACACAACAAGAGCUCUACGUCUGAAUUAGACGCUCUUCAAGCACAAAAUAUGUUCUAACAAAAAAGCAUUUAUGCUCUUUGAUACUGAUAUAUACGUUAACUUGAAUUGAUAACAGCAUAUUCUCGCUCUGGUAGAGUUAUAUUUUUAGUAUAGAUUUUAAUAAUAUUGUUGAUGUCAUUUGAUAAAAGGCCAUUGCUAAUCUAGUAGAAAUGUAGUAUAGCACUAGUCACGACUCUGAAGCCGGCUGUACUUAUCAAAUUAAAGGGAUAAAUAAUUGCAGCCCUUCACAUUCUAA